AGGUCAAGAAAGAUGCGCAUGUACAGCAGCAUCAAGCCACCAGACAAAAACGGGAGGCCCAGCAUGCCGCACAGGUGGCAUAAUGGGCGCAAGCGGCGCAGGCAGCGCAGGCUCAUAAUCAUUAGAUGUCUACUCGACGACUCUGCCGUGUCCGGGGAAAAGGCGCUCCACCUGCCUCGCCCGCAGACAUCAGGCAGAGCAGAGUCGUGCGCUCUACCAACCCGCGCGAGAGAGACGACUGCAGCCGCUCCAGGUCCUCGGCAAUACCUGGUGAGGCUGGUGUGUCCCCCCUUGCUCCAGGAGGAGGAGGAGAAAGAGGAGGAGGAAGAGGAGGAGGGGGAUGGGGAGAAGAAGAAGAAGAAGAAGCAGCAGCCUGUCCAUUUCCGCCUUUUAUGCCACCUCUCUAUUACAUUUAGUGUUUUUUUACUAAUCCUGUUGUAGACUAUUUAACCAAAUAAAGGCAAGAAAAUA